AUGGGUUGUGUUCGGAAAGCCAAAGGAGUCCUCCAGGCCGCGGAGCGUCAGCGCUACGGGCAGCUGCUGCGGCGCCUCAAGGUCAGCGCCCAGCCGGGGCCCUGUCCCAGCCACCCGCCUGAACUGGUCCGGCGAAGUGUCCAGGCCGCAGCCGCUGGAGCAGGCAGCCUUCAGCUUGGCGAGAGCGAGGGCCACCGGCUGCGGCUGCGUGUGGCGUAUGAUGGCAGCCGCUAUCACGGCUGGGCGCGCGUAAAGGGUGGGUCGCCGCUGACCAUCGCCGGUGUGCUGGACCGCGCCUUCUCACUGCUGCUGCGCCGGCAGGUCUUCCUUUGCGGCGCCAGCAGGACGGAUGCUGGUGUGCAUGCUUUGGGCCAGGCGGCGCACGUGGACGUUGCAGCGGACCGGCCGGAGAACUGGCAGGAGCUGUGGCAGCGAAAGCUCAAUGAGCAGCUGCCUGACGACAUCCGAGUCAGGAAUUUAGAGGACGCGCCGGCGGACUUCCAUGCACGAUUUUCUGCCUCCGGCAAGACGUAUGUCUAUCGCUUGCACUACGGCGAGAAUCCGACGAACCCCUUGGAGAGGCUCCAUCGCUUCAGCAUGCCUCUCAGCUGGGUCCGCGACUUCCAGCUGUCUGAGCUGCAUGACGCGGCCGCGCUCUUUCGGGGCCAGAAGAACUUCCUGUACUUUACCUCACCCGGCAAAUUGGAGAGGAAGAGGAGCACUGUCCGCAACAUCCACGACAUCCGAGUGGUCGAGGAAGCGCCUGGCCAGUGCCGGGUGGAGGUGGAUUUGGACGGGGCAGUCUACAGGAUGGUGCGGAACAUGGUUGGCUGCAUGGUGUGGGUGGCCCGUGGCCGGAUCUCCUCGGACUGCGUGGAGGAGCUGCUUUCUGGGAGCUUCUCCCAGGUCAACCCGGUUCCUCGCUCGGUUUGUAGCGAAGGAAUCGACGCAAUGCCUCCGAAGAAGGCCAAAGGCGUGAUCAAACCCAAGGCCAAAGCCAAGGGCAAGGCGAAAGCCAAAGCCAAGAAGGUGGACAAAGUAGGCGCCGCAAAGCUGGACUGGCCCUCGCUGGGUUUCAACUACGUGAAGACCAAGUCCCAUAUCCGUUUCGUAUACAAGGAUGGCAAGUGGAGCAAGGGCAAGCUGUACACAGACCCGUUCAUGCCUGUGCACAUGCUGGCCAACGUCUUCCACUAUGGGCAAGCCCUCUUCGAAGGCUUCAAAGGCUUUCACACCAAGGAGGGCGAUGUGUGCCUCUUCGCGGACAAGUUGAGCCUGGGGCGCAUGAACCACGGAUGCCGGCGCUUCAUGAUGCCGGAGGUGCCCGUGGAAAUCUGGGAUGAGGCAGUCCAGAUUGUCGUCAAGGACAACGCGAAGUACGUCCCUCCUUACGGCAGCGGCGGGGCGCUCUAUGUGCGGCCCUUCAUUUUUGGCAGCGGUCCAAAGUUAGGCCUCGGGCCCUCGGAGGAGUACACCUUUGUGGUCUUCGCGAAUCCUGUGGGCAGCUACUACAAAGCUGCGGAGGGCAUGCAGGGGGUCGAAGCUCUGGUCACUGACCACUAUGACCGGGCAGCGCCCCUCGGGUGCGGAGACUGCAAGGCGGCGGGAAACUACGCGGCAGACCUGGAGAGCAUGUACGAAGCCAAAAAGAAGGGCUUCCCCAUCUCCCUGUACCUGGACGCAAAGGAGCGGAGGUAUGUGGAGGAGUUCAAUACCUCCAACUUCGUGGGCAUCACAAAGGACGGCAAGUACAUAACCCCGGAUGCCGCCCGCAGCGUGCUUAACAGCAACACCAACAAGGUGCUGACUCAGCUGGCUGCUGACAUGGGCAUCACCGUGGAGCGGCGGCGUAUCGAUUUUGCAGCUGAGGUGGACACCUUCACGGAGGUGGGUGCGGUGGGCACGGCGGUGGUGGUGACCCCCAUCAAGUCGCUAACCCGUGGAGACCAGGUGUGGAACUUUGGCCAGCCAGAGGUUCUCAAGAAGCUCCAUGACAAGGUCCGGGCCAUCCAGCAGGGCGAGGAGGAAGAUCCGCAUGGCUGGAUGACCAAGGUGAGGAUGGACUAGGUGCGAGUUCAUUUGAGGCCAGCGGCCGUAGCACGCAGACCGCAGUGGCAGUGCCACUGUGACGAUGGCGAGCGAUGCUUCUUGGGGUUUCCUUAAACUGGGGCCCCUUUUUGCUCGGUCGCGA